AUGUCCACCAUCUUCAAGGAGGCCUACGAUGGCCACUUUGAGGAAGUUGCCAAAGUCCAGGAAUCAGGCUACACAGAGGUGCCAGGCAAGCUUAGCGCGCCGGCCAUGUCCGCCGGAGCCGACGGCUAUGGCCAGGCUCCGCAGGCUACCAGCGCUCCCGCCGCAGAAAUCAGCCAGCAGCAGCAGGCUGUGUUGGAUGCUUUCGGCAUGUGA